CGCUGUCCACGUCGAUCCCGUUGCAGCAGUCCGAGUCACCCGCGAGAGGUAGCGAGGCAGCUUCACCACCAGAACCGACAUCCCCCACAUUCAAAAUGCCAGGCGCAAGCGUGGCUGUCGCGCCCACGGCGGCGCCUGCAACGACCACACCAGCACCAACAUCAGCACCAACACCACGAAAGGCGCCGGGCGCUACACAGCCAGAGAGAAAAUACAAGUGCCAGUUUUGUGCGAGGGCCUUUAGCAGGAGCGAACAUCGCAGCCGCCACGAACGUUCACAUACCAAGGAGCGACCAUUCAAGUGUCUCAAGUGCAGAAGCACAUUCGUACGACGUGAUCUCCUCCUUCGACACGAUCGCACAGUCCACGCCAAAGAUGGCGGCAUACCUCUUCACAGCGACGGGAAGCGUCGCGGUGGUCCCAAGGCGGCUCCUCGUCCUGCCACCGGGCCUGCCAAGACCCCCAUGGACAUCGACACUUCAGCUCUUGAGCAGUUAGAAGCCAGUAGUGACGGUAUAUUUGAUGUGGAAACCGCUGCAAUGCUUGUCGCUGACCUUCAACAUAAAGCCACCUCUCAGGCGCGAGCAAAUGGCGCAUCUUACGACGGCAACGGGGCCAUGUCCUUUUCGCAAACCAGCACUCCGACUAUUGAGCCCUCCGUACCCUUCACCAACGGCUCGAUCGGUCUUCCCCAGUGGGACAGCUUUAUCUCCCACGAUUCGAAGGCGCACUCGGUCAUCUCAGGUGCCGGAUCCUUCGAUACGUCACAUCCCAACCAUAUGGCCCCUAUGGGCGGCCAACACAUCAACGGACUCCCGCUUUCGUCGCUUCCAGCUUCAGUGAACGGCACUCCCACUCCCCAGUCGCCAUUCCUGCCGCACCGCACCCAUACUCCUUUGGAUGCUACUCAGGCUCACGCCGGCCAGAAGCCUCCUCCUCCUCAGAUCAACAGCGAUGAGGAGAGGAACAUGAUUCUGGACAACAUCCGUGCCCACGAUGCCGAGCACGCCCUCCCAGAAGGAUUCCGCGUACCGAGCUUGCCAUCGAUUAACCGAUACCUUGCAACAUAUUUCGGCUUGUUCCAUCACCAUCUCCCAUUCCUACACCCGGCUUCGUUCGAGCCCACCCGAGUCUCACCACCGCUCCUUCUUGCCCUUCUCUCCAUCGGUGCCCUGUAUGCUUUUGAUCAGGAGAAUGCUUAUAUGCUUCAUAUCGGGUCGAAGAUCUUGGUAAACCAAUUUCUUCAGCAUAAGGAAAAUUUUAGCUCGCGCAAGUGCCCGCUCUGGACCAUGCAGAGUUCUCUUCUUAACAUGAUUUUCGCCAGCUGGAGUGGUGACCCCAAGGGACUCGAAUGGGCUUGCUCAAUCAAGAGUCUUCUCGCCAACAUGGUUGCUGGCAAUAGAUAUGAGCUGAAGCUUCGCCAAGAGGCUCGUGAAGGACGCCCCCCGACGCGCGCCGAGUGGGUUGAGGAUGAAGGUUGCAGGCGUACUUACUAUGCGGUGUACAUCUUCUUCGGUCUUCUUACCCUGACGUUCAACCACACUCCGGCCAUCAACUUCAACGAGUUCGAGGACCUGCAGCUCCCAGCCACCGAGUUCCUUUGGAACGUCAAGGUUGCUGAUGAAGUGGCGUGGCAAAAGCAUCUCGAGGCGUCUCCUGCCCCGACAUUCAUGGUGGCCCACGAUAACCUCUUCCAGGGUGAGACGCUCACGUAUAGCGCUUUUGGAACGCGUGUUAUGAUCAAUGCGCUCUUCCUGGAAGUUUGGUAUCAUAAGAGGAGUCCCGAGGCUUUGCAGGAUGUGGUGACCGAGUACAAGCUCAGACUCGCCCUUGAGACGUGGGAGAAAUCUCUAGAGUUCUGCGAGCACGAGACAGUAGCGGCCCCACUGCACACGCCUCAAACGGGCCAUCCCUUGAUUUUCAACGCCAAGGCCAUGUAUCGCAACGCGCGUGCUCGCUUGGAGGUGGAUUUGAAGACGGUUCAGGAGGCCCUUCGGUACCACGACUCCUAUGAAGUCGCCGCUGCCAUGUCGAAUGCCCGGGAUCGGGUAAGACGCUCGGACGAGAUGAUCAAGGUCAUCCAGGUCUGCUAUGACUGCAUUGAGACUGCGGUCGACACUGGUGUCCGCUGGGUGGCUCGUACCUCGCCCACAAACUGGAGCAUUGAGCACCCAUUGUGCGGCAUGGACCUCAUGAUCAUUCUCAGCCUCUGGCUCUAUCGUCUGGAACAUGACGAGGAGCAGGCAACGGAAGAGGAGCAGGUCAUGUACAAGCGUGUGCGAGAGCUGUUUACGAGGGGGCUCCAGGAGAAGAUUGACGGCCAUCUUGGCGCUGUUGUCGCGAGACUCUGGGCCUCGAUGCUUGGUGAGGUCGUUGUUUGGGGAAUCACCCGUGUGAUGGCCGACUCAUUCCGCCUUCAUGAGCAAGCUCUCAUCGGUUACGUCGAUGACAUUGAAGCAUCCCCCAGUGUCACGACCCCUUCGAUGACAUCUCAAGGGGCCGAUGAGGACAGCGUGUAUUAGUUGUGACGAAGUUGACGAUCUUAUUUAUGGUUUGUGAGGGUGGGGUUUCGGCAUAUACCUUUUUCG